CGGACAAGAUGGCGGCUUCCAUGCUGGGCGCGCUGCUGCGGACGUUCCGGCAGGUGGUUCCUUCAUUAGCUUCACGCCAAGUCCGAGGUUACUAUGUAGACUGGAAAAUGUUGCGUGAUGUGAAGAGACGAAAAAUGGCCUAUGAAUAUGCAGAUGACAGAUUGCGGAUCAAUUCCCUCCGGAAGAAUACCAUUUUGCCCAAAGAUCUUCAGGAAAUGGCUGAUAAAGAAAUUGCAGCCCUUCCCCGGGAUAGCUGUCCUGUUAGGAUUAGAAAUCGAUGUGUUAUGACAUCCCGUCCACGUGGUGUAAAGCGACGCUGGAGGCUUAGUCGAAUCGUCUUCCGACACUUAGCUGACCAUGGGCAACUUUCUGGGGUCCAGCGAGCAAUGUGGUAAAAAUAAGCUCCAGAACCAACUGAACUUUCAGGGAAGAAGAGACUUUUUUUGUGAUGCUGUGGAUCAAACCCAGAGCUUCCCACAUGCCAGGCAAGUGCUCUGCUAUUGAGCCACAUCCCCAAUCUGAGACCCUAGCUACAUAUAGUUAAAUUACUUUCAAAUUUUAAGGAAUUUGGAUAUUUCCUUCUGUCAUUAAGUUCUCUAAAAGAUUAAACAUACUGUUCAUAUACAUGAUGUAAAGAGUAGAGCAGGCAAUAAAAAGUAUUUUCUAUGGAAACAGGCUUUGUAUGCUUCUUUUUUUCUCUAUGCUUUUCCUUUAAGAGUUAUCUUUUAGUAACACAUAAGGAUUUCUAUAUUUUUUUUGAAGUUUUACUUGGUAAAACAGUAUUUAUCUUGUAGAUAAACCAACCGACAGACAGACAGUUUAAUUCUGGGUUAGUUUCCCUGCCCUGCAGAGGCUGCCUUACUAUUAGUUGUUAAACAAUGGAUUGGAAGUUAAAGGUGAUGACCUGUAUUAUUGGCUAAUACUCAACUGCUUUGUGUUGACAGCUGAACAGAAGAACCAUCUGUUCUUAUUACAUCUUUACUGUAAAAUAUGCCUCUUUAAGCUUUGUUGGAAUAAUAUAUAUUCCCUAUAUUCAGCAGGUUUUCUUGUGCAGUAACUGAACAAUGUGAUCAGCCCAGUGAUGAAAAAUACAUGUUACUAUGAAAGAACCCACUUACAUACAUGUGAAAUACAUAUAUAAAAUCUUCAGCUAGGUGCUUUGGUGUUUAUAAUCCCAGCUACCCAGGAAGCUACUUGGGAGAAGGAUCCCUUAAACUAGGAAUUUGAGGUCAGCUUGGGCAACAGUGAGGCACCAUUUAAAAAAAAAAACAUCAGCACAACACAAGAGCCCUGUCAUGGAGGAUUUCACAUUAUGUGAAGGGGAUGACUUCAUUUAACUACCA